GUGGUCGGUGUUUCUGCGGUGCUCGGCACAGGACUGGAGGAAUUUUUUACCCAGCUUUCUAAAGCUGUAGAUGAAUAUGAGCGAGAGUAUCGUCCAGAAUAUGAACGCCUGAGAAAAACACUGGAGGAAGCUCAAGAGAAACAAAAGAGAGAGCAGCUGGAGCACUUGUGGAAGGACAUGGGCAGUGUGUGCAUGCAGAGCAGCACAAUGGCAGGACCUGAUGAUGCUUCUGCAAUGAGUCCCUCUGAGCUAAUCCUUACACGAGGAACUCUCAAUGAAGAGGAAGAGAGGGAGAGCGAUACUGACGACAUUGACCAUGAAGUGACUGAGGAGAGUCAUGAAGAACCAGCCUUCAGAAACUUCAUGCAAGACAUGCGGAUGAAAUGCCAGAGAAAAAGCAACCUGAAUGAAUGAGACCUUCACAAACAGAAGGUUUGGAAGGACCAGCAUAAAGAAACUUGCAUGGAGCCAUGCAUGAAGACUUUUAUUUGUGAACUGCUUCCUCUGAUAGAUUUUUAUUUCUCUUUCUGCAGUAACUGUUGGUUAUGUGAGUUAAAGAUCUUGGAGCCAACUGACUGCACAGUUUGCCAUCUGCCACUGUGGCUUCCUGAAGCUGAGGGAAUCAGAUAGCAGUUUGUUUUCCUCCAGAUUCUUCAGAUCUAUCUGUUGAGAGCUUAGAUGUUGAGCUCUGGCAGCAUUAGUGCCUGCAGCACUAACUGGUCCCCAGAACGUGUUCCAUUCGCAUGUGCAGCCAGGUGUCUGCUGCAGCCAGGGCACAAGUGAUGCUGUACUGAACUUUAUCAGUGUACUUACUGUUUGAUGGUUUGGUUUCUAUUAAAUAUAUUUUACGUACUAACAAAUGGGUGAUAAUAACAGAAGGAAAUUUCAUUUUAAGCACUGUUCUAAAGUGAGAUUUUUUCCCUGUGCUUGCAGCCCAUCUGUAUGGAUGUGCAGCAAAUGCUUCUUAAUUACAUUGUACAGACAUGGUACAGAUGCCUCCCAGGAAAAUCCUGAGCAAAGAAAGUUCCCAGGAAAGUAAUAAAAAGUCUCUAGCUUGAUUUGGCUGAAAACAGAA